GUCUCCGGGCUCGUUGGUCUUGGCUCUUCGUGCCGCGCGGGCCCCGGCUCCCGGGGCCUCAGCCGCUCCGCUUGGGUGCCAUCUGCGGGCUCCUUGCUCUGCUUGAAGCCCUGGCCCCGGCGGCCAGGGCAUGGACCAGGGGCGUGGUGCGAGGCGGCUUCUCGUGUGGCCCUGACCUGCACCGACUUCAGCAUGAAGACGCUCAUAGCAGCUUAUUCUGGGGUCCUGCGAGGUGAGCGUCGGGCCAAGGCUGCCCGAAGUGAGAGCUCCAGUGGAAGAUCUGUGUUGACCCGUGAAGGGUCUGGGAGAUGGGGUACUGGCUCCAGCAUCCUCUCCGCCCUCCAGGAUCUCUUCUCUGUCACCUGGCUGAAUAGAUCCAAGGUGGAAAAGCAGCUGCAGGUCAUCUCAGUACUACAGUGGGUCCUGUCCUUCCUUGUGCUGGGAGUGGCCUGCAGUGCCAUCCUCAUGUACACAUUCUGCACUGACUGCUGGCUCAUCGCUGUGCUCUACUUCACCUGGCUGGCCUUUGACUGGGACACGCCCAAGAAAGGUGGCAGGAGAUCACAAUGGGUACGAAACUGGGCUGUGUGGCGCUACUUUCGAGACUACUUUCCCAUCCAGCUGGUGAAGACGCACAACUUGCCAACCACCAGGAACUAUAUCUUUGGCUACCAUCCCCAUGGCAUCAUGGGCCUAGGUGCCUUCUGCAACUUCAGCACAGAAGCUACAGAAGUGAGCAAGAAGUUCCCCGGCAUAAGGCCCUACCUGGCCACGCUGGCUGGCAACUUCCGGAUGCCUGUGCUGCGGGAAUACCUGAUGUCCGGAGGCAUCUGCCCUGUCAACCGGGACACCAUAGACUAUUUGCUGUCGAAGAAUGGGAGUGGCAACGCUAUCAUCAUCGUAGUGGGGGGUGCAGCCGAGUCCCUGAGCUCCAUGCCUGGCAAGAACGCAGUUACUUUGAAGAACCGCAAAGGCUUUGUGAAACUGGCCCUGCGCCAUGGAGCCGACCUAGUUCCCAUCUACUCCUUUGGGGAGAAUGAGGUGUACAAGCAGGUGAUCUUUGAGGAGGGCUCCUGGGGCCGGUGGGUGCAGAAGAAGUUCCAGAAGUACAUCGGCUUUGCCCCAUGCAUCUUCCAUGGCCGGGGCCUCUUCUCCUCCGACACCUGGGGGCUGGUGCCCUACUCCAAGCCCAUCACCACUGUUGUGGGUGAGCCCAUCACCAUCCCCAAGGUGGAGCACCCGAGCCAGCAGGACAUUGACCUGUACCACGCCAUGUACAUGGAUGCCCUGGUGAAGCUCUUUGACAAGCACAAGACCAAGUUUGGCCUGCCGGAGACCGAAGUCCUGGAGGUGAACUGAUCCAGCCCUUGGAAGGAACCAGCUGCAAAGUGUUUUCUACCGAGUUCUCAAGUGCUUUUUGUUCUGUAAAUUUGGAAGCGUCAUGGGUGUCUGUGGGUUAUUUAAAAGAAAUUAUAAUUUGUUAAACCAUUACAAUGUUAGGUGUUUUUUAAGAAGGAGUAAGUCAAUAUUUUAAGCUUUUUCACUUCCAGUGUGUCCUGUUCUAGGUGGUGGCUAAUAUAUCUGGGACUUUGUGGGUUUCUCAACCAAACCCCCUGGUUCCUCUCCUAAAAUGACAGAGAAAACUCCGUUCUGUUAAUUGGGGAAGGAUGGCCAUUAAUAGUUCAGGCCUAUUAGAUGGUUCAUCUUCGCUCCUAGGCAUGAGAGGAAGAGGCCAUUUCUAACAAACGCCUCUAUCCCCACCACCCCAUGCCCAGGGGAAGAGGUGGAGCGCACAGCUGUCCCCACUUUGGAAGGGCAGUGGCGAGCACCUGCAGUGGUCUAGCUCGAGUCUCCUCUCAGCCCCUGACCCUACCCUUAGUCUGUCAAAUCUGAGCCUAGACCAGCUGCCUGUGACAAUGUGCUGAGGACAGCACUGUCACAGAGAUACCAUCUCUCGAAUCCUCCAGCCCUGUGUGCUGUUGGAGUAACUGACUCUGCUCAGGAAGCUGAUGGCAGGAACUGCACAGACUCAGCCUUGUCCUAGAGCAGGUCCUUCCCUGCGGCCUGGGUUUGCACGGGCCACGCCUUGAGUCUGGUGUAAGGGAAGGUCCCUCUUCUGUCCACAGAAGGGCCUGGCCGUGUGCAUAGCACACUGGGUCCAGGACAGGAGGUCCUGAACACAGGCCUCAUAUUUGUGCCUUCCUGAGGGGCUUGGAGCUAGCGAGGCAUCCCAGCCCCUCCUCUGUGUGUUUUCUCUCCAUGAGAUCAUUGUACCAUGUCAGACUUUUGUAUAUUCCUAGAUAAAUAAACGGACAAAAGAACCCAC